AUGGAGUCGGUGCCACGGCCAGACUCUUUCGAUGCGGGCGUUCACUCGACGCAGCAGCAGCUCGUCGAGGCUGCGGCCACCGCCUCUGAGUCGGAGACCAAGCUGCCACGUGGAGAGCUCUUCAAGCGCUACCGGCCCGCCGCCAUCUAUUCCGGUCUUUUAUCCAUGGCUCUGGUCAUGGAGGGAAUGGAUGUCGGUCUCAUCAACAACUUCUUCGCCCAUCCCGCCUACCGUCGGAGGUUCGGUAACACUUACAACGUCGACGGCGACCUGGUUGUCUCGACACAAUGGCAAACGAUCAUUGGCGCCGGUAACAACGUUGGAUCCAUCCUCGGUCUCCUGGUCAAUGGUUAUUUACAGUCUCGCUUCGGUUCUCGCAGGGUGUACUUAGGCGCAAUGGUCCUGAUGGCAGCUACCAUUUUCAUUCUCUUCUUCUCGACAAGUGUAGAAAUGCUUCUCGUCGGUAACAUCUUGUGCGGUAUCCCAUGGGGUAUCUUCCAAACCCUUACCACCGCCUACGCCGCUGAAAUCGCUCCCACCGCCAUGCGUGGCUACCUUACUGCCUGGGUAUCCAUGUGCUGGGGUGCUGGCUCGUUCUUGGCCGCGGGUGUGCUCAAAGGCACUAUCACCAUUGAAAGCGACGCCGGCUGGAAGAUCCCCUACGGUCUCCAGUGGAUGUGGAUCCCACCUCUUUUCCUUGUCGCGUGGUUCGCCCCCGAGUCACCAUGGUACCUGAUUCGCCGUGGCAAGAUUGAAGAAUGCGAGAAGAGUCUACGCCGUCUGGCCCGCCCAGGGCACUACACCGAGCAAUCGAUGCGCGAGACUCUUGCCCUCAUGAAGCACACCAAUGACAUGGAAAAGAUGGAAGCCGAGAACGCUAGCUAUGCUGACUGUUUCCGCGGCGAGAACAAGCGCCGUACGCUCAUUGUCUCCAUGGCCUGGAUCAUCCAGAUUUUCAAUGGCCAGUCCAUCACCAACUAUGCGGCACAGAUGCUUCGCGCUAUCGGUAUGAGCGCCACCAACGCCUUUAGCUACACAAUGGGUAUCCAGUCAGUCAACAUCUUCGCCACCGCAAUCGCUAUCUGGAUGAUGGGCUGGGUUGGCCGCCGUACCUUCUACCUCUACGGCUCUGCGUCCAUCGGCCUCUGCAUGCUUAUCGUUGGCAUCAUGGGUUUCGCUGUAGACUCUGCCACGGACGUUGCCAUCCCCGUCGCCGUUUUCCUCAUCUUCGUCCAGAUCGCUUUCAAGAUCUCUCUCGGCCCGACCACCUAUGUCAUCGUGGGUGAAAUGUCCGCGUCCCGUGUUCGUGCUCAGACCAUCGUCAUCGGUCGUUCCCUCUACGUCUGUGGCCAGAUUGCUGUGCAGCAGCUCAACCCCCGCAUGCUCAACAACGAUCCCACCGCAUGGAAUUGGGGUGCGAAGACUGGCAUGUUCUACUUUGGCUUUUGCUUGCUCUGGGUGAUCUGGAUCUUCUUCUUCCUUCCCGAGACCAAGGAUCGGUCCUUUGCCGAAAUCGACUACCUCUUCAAGAAGAAGACGCCCGCCCGCAAGUUCCGCACCACUGCCGUCGACUUGUUCGAAUUCACGCCAGAGGACAAGCUGCAAGAGAAUAUUGGUGAGAAGACGGCGAUGCAUAGUUCGCAGAGAGAAGUUGUGUAG